AUGGUGUCGGGAUCGGGAAUUUGUGCACGGGAGGUGGUGGUGGACGCUCGCCACCACAUGUUUGGCCAAUUAUCGUCGAUUUUGGCCAAAGAACUACUCAAUGGCCAGAGAGUCACCAUCAUUCGCUGCAAAGAGAUCUGCCUCUCAGGUGGCGUGCUAUGGUUAGUUAGGCUAAUUGGACAACCAUGUUACAAGUUACGAGAGCAGCUUGACGAAGCCAUUUAUCUCAAGAUCAAUAACAAGAUUCCUAGUCUUGGAAUGAGGCUCGAUCGCAGCGACCUUAAUUUGCUCUACAGUACGAGGUAUUCGAAAGAAAUCCCGGAUGCAUAUGAGUGGCUUAUGUUGGAUGCGAUCGAAGGAGAACGAAGAUUGUUCAUAAGAAGUGAUGAACUCGAUGCUUCUUGGUCUACAUUCACGCCAUUGUUGAAAGAACUUGAAGCCAAGAAGAUUGCACCGGAUUUGUAUCUGUAUGGCAGCAGAGGAUCCGUCGGAGCUCAUUAUCUGGCGGCAAACUACAAUGUCCGGUGGGGAGAUCUCACAGGCGACAACUGA